CAUUCGUUCCGCCACGCAAGAGAUGCUGACGUUAGCAGAGGCCGUCAACAAGGAGGCGAAGGAAAGUGCGACACCAAAAGAGUCCGAGCGAGCAGCGCUGCUGGCGCUCAUAAAGGCCGCAUCGGAUCGCCACGCAACACUUGCCAAGGCUGCAUCAAAAGGUGAGGGUGUUGACCGGCACCUGACGGCAUUGAAUCGGUUAGCAGUAGAGCGGAACGACAACGCUGCCCUCAAUUUCUUUAACGAUUACACUUACAACUCAUGCUGCAAGUGGGUGCUUAGCACAAGUAACGUGUCGUACCCGUGGGUGGAACGUUUCAUCUUUGGCCCUGUCACGCCCAACGGCUACGGUUUGGGGUAUGUUGUGGGCGAGAACGAAGUGCGCAUCAUGCUCUCCGCCUUCACCAGCAGUCCGUCGACGAACGUAGAAGACAUGAAUGCCGCCAUUGGGGUGUCCGCGACGCGCCUGUACACAGUGUUGGCUGGAUCCAAACUCUGA